AUGGAGAAUGUUUGUCACAAGUCUCUUGAGAAUACAGGAGAUGCGGAGUUAACUUCAGAAUCAGCAGAAGCAGAGCCAUGGGAUAGCAUAGGCGUCAGCAGCAAGAGCAGCAUCCUGAGUGCCAGCCAGUGCUCUGAGGAACAUGUUCUGAAGUGCACAUUCAAGGCCUGUGAUCCAGAACAAACAGGAGAGGUAUCUGUUUUCCGAAUCAUCGAAUAUUUACAGGAGAUGACAGGACAGGGCAGUGAAGACUGGAGGUUUCAUUCUCUCUAUACAAGAUUGGAUCCAGAAGAGAGAGGCAUUGCUGUUGACUUUCCUACUUUCCAUCGAGUCAUGAAGGACUGGAUAGCAGAUUGCCGACAAGAUGGCCAAAGAGACGAGGCAGCAGACUUGAUGAGCAGCAUCCAAGACUUGCAGCAGGGGAACAAGAAACUAGCCGUGCAGAAUACCAAACUGCAAGGGACGAUUGAGGCUGCAGAAGAGCUCAAUUUGCGACUUUCUGAAGAGGUUGCCGAGUUGAAAGGAAAGCUGAGAGGCACCCAGCAAGCCCUAGACCAAGCAAGAGCGGUGGCAAAUGAAUUAGAAGACCUGAAGUGUUUUUCCAGGAGUUUGGAAGAGGAAAACAGCAAACUUCACGCACUAGAGCGACAAUUGGAAAAAGAACAGCAGUGUCUCUUGAUUCAAGUGGAUAACCUGCAGGAAGAGAUCCGGAAGCUGCUCCUGGAAAAAGAAAGCUGUAAAAGUAAAAUCAAACAGCUGAGUACGGAGAAGGCCCAAAUGAAGUGUCAGCUCUGUGAGUGCGAAAACCUCAUCUCCUGCAAAGACACUGCCCUUAACAAGAAAGAGAAACAAACUGAAGAGUUGACAGUGACCCUAGAUGAAUACCAAAUGAUGGUUCAGGAAUUGAAAGUGGAAGUCAACAGCCUUCAAGAACAGCUAUGCCGUUCCCAGGAAGAUGGGGAAGGGCUGCUAAACUAUUCCCUAGAAAAUGGGAAGACCUGCUCCAUACAGGCCCCAGCACAGCCCCUCUCCAUGGAGAUUGAAGAAUCACAGAAAGCUGAAUGUACAAACCUGCCAGAAAUCACAGCAGUCGGCUCAGCAGAACAGUCUGAACCAGCCCCUGAAAAACAGGCUUUAGUCCCAGUACACCAUGAGCUGAUGCCAGCUGGUGGGAAGAAGAAGCCGUGCAACAAACAGUUUGCAAGUCUAAUGGAAUGGUUCCUUGAUAUCCCGUUAUGGUACAUUUUGCUGCAGAUCUUGCAAAAACUGGUGCUUCUGGGGCUCCUCCUUACCUGUGUUACAUUACUGGCAAUAGUCUAUUUAGUGCUGCCGUACGGCCAUCUCGUCUGGGCUGAAUCCAGGAGAAAUCACUGGCCUCACCUGCAGUUGCGAUACCUACGCCCACCACCCAUCUAGUACUGUCCCUCUUCAAUUUGUGCAAAGGAAAGCAAGCGGAUCAGGAAAGACCAGUGCCAAAUUAAAAAUAAAUCUUCAAAAUAAAACUU